UUACAAUGGAAUCAAAGAAAAUCUACACACCAAGACGGACAAAGAACCAAUGUGCAAAAGAUGACAAACUGUACAAAUACAAAAAAUAAAAAAUACUGAGAACAUGAGUUGUAUAGUCCUUGAAAUUGGAAUCCAUAGGUUGUGGAAUCAGUUCAGAGUUGAGAUGGCCUCUGCGAACGACACCAGACAGGUGCAGAAGGAUGCAGCAGACCAGAACUUCGACUACAUGUUCAAGCUGCUGAUCAUCGGGAACAGCAGCGUGGGCAAGACCUCGUUUCUCUUCCGGUAUGCGGACGACUCCUUCACGUCUGCCUUCGUCAGCACUGUCGGCAUCGACUUCAAGGUGAAGACAGUGUACCGAAACGAGAAGAGGGUAAAACUUCAGAUAUGGGACACAGCAGGCCAGGAACGGUACCGCACCAUCACCACGGCCUAUUACAGGGGCGCCAUGGGAUUCCUGCUAAUGUACGACAUCACCAACCAGGACUCUUUUGGGGCGGUACAUGACUGGGCCACACAGAUCAAAACCUACUCCUGGGACAACGCUCAAGUGAUCCUGGUUGGCAAUAAAUCUGAUCUGGAAGAUGACCGCGUUGUACCGACGGAAGAAGGAAAGCGAUUGGCUGAUGAGUUAGGAUUUGAGUUUUUCGAGGCAAGUGCAAAAGAAAACAUUAACGUGAAGCAGGCUUUUGAACGCCUUGUCGACAUAAUCUGUGUGAAGAUGUCUGAAAGCCUUGAAGCUGACCCCACAAUGCUCAGCAACAAGAACUCCUCUCUUGCUGAGAACCCGCGGCCACAGGAAGGCGGCUGUGCAUGCUAGGAUCCCUGACCUCUGACCUCUGACCUGAAUCACCCACCACAGAUGCCACAAAGUUAAGAAUGGAUUUAGGGAGGGGAUGAAAUUUGACUUCAAAAUAUGUUUAAGGUUCAGGAUUAAAACUUGGCUUUCAUUUUUAUUAAUUACUUGGCCAAUCAUUUUUAUGUAAUGGUGAGGUGCUAAACUCCAUUGACCAAACCAGUUAAGAAAUACCUUCCAAUGCUCACCCAUUCAAGUCUGAAGCACCCAUUGUAAAGUCACCAAGUGAACACUAGGAAGAACCAAUUGACUUGACAAAAUUCUGCUCUACAGUAGUGAGUGAUAUCUAUAUCAACCACGUUCUGCCUUCCCUUCUUGGAAGGAAUAUCACCAAAUUUGAAAUUGAGAACUUGGUUUUGAAUUAGGACUGAAAACCUAAAAAUCAGAUGGGCCACGUGUUUGGAACUUUAUCGUUGUUCUGUUGGAGGGAUGGAUCAGUGCAGGAUUUUAGUACCACAGUUGUCUAUAGCCUGGAAGGAGACCUGUGCUCCUUACUGGCUGGGGAGAGCUGAGAUGUAUAAUCAGGGACUGGAGAUGGAAGUAACAUCUGCUGUGGACUCAUAAACUGUAUCUCCCACCCACCCCCACCGCCCCGCCCAUCCUCGGCCAUGACUGCAGACGCGAAUUUGCAGCGUUGAUCCCAAAUCCGGAGCAAUGUUAUGAUUCCACGGUAAUGCUGCAACGGAGCUGAGAAAUUGUGCUUGGACUUGCUGAAUCAGUGUUUUAUGUUUCCGUGCUUCUGAUUUCCGUCCAGGAAUUUAACUCCUUGGUCCAUGGCGCCCACUCUGCACGUGCGCUAUUAAUGUGACUCUCUGCCGUUACGGGCGCGUGUCUUUCUCUCACUGGUUUUCACUGUUGUUCCUCCGCCGAGGUGUGUGGUUUGCUGACAGGCCCUUCGGCCUGACUCAUCCGUGCUGACCGACAUGACCACGUAUGCUCAUCCGAUUUGCCGCUGUUAGGCUCAUAUCCUUAUAAACCUUCCCAAUCCAAAUAUCUUCUGCAUGUCAUAAUUGUACCUCAUCCCAUAUACCUAUCACCGUCUGUCUGGAACAGCUUCCCCCGGGAUCCUCUUUAAAAUGUUCUCUCUCACCUUAAACCUAUCCCUUCUAGUUUUAGACUCGUCUACCCUGGGAAGUAAUGGUGAUUAUUUGCCUCCUUUAUGCUCCUCAUAAUGAACCUCAACAAUAUCAUCCCUCACGCAAAUCAGUCCCAGAUAAUUCAAACACAUUUGUAUCUCAAGCCCAGCAGUCCAUGCCCGUGUUGAUGAGGUAGGAGAGUCCGCAGGUGCUGGAAGUCUUGAGCAACAUGCACAAAUGCGGACUAUUUAUUUCUCUCCAUAGACGCUGACUGACCUGCCGAGUUCCUCAAGCAUUUUGUGUGUGUUGCUGAUGCUCGUGUUUUAAGUUGUCCUGGCAGUUAUAACGAAUCAGUGCAGUUUUUGGGUGGGGUGCGCUACCUUGUAUAAGAGCAACACAUCCUUCUGUGUCACUUUGUGGAUGUCAGACCUGUAACACCGAAUCAGAAUCAGGUUUAAUAUCCCCGACGGCACAGGCUAUUCGGCCCAACUGCCUGGCUCUAGACCCUACCUGAUCUAUCUGUAUGUCUUCUAUUCCUCCCUCUUGCUUCUCCUUCAAGGUAUCUCUGCUUUUCUCUUUGACCACUCCCAGAGGGAGUGUCACACUUCCCAGGAUUGGGAGGUUUUCCUGAGUUUCCCCGGAGCCGUAAGUGCUCAUAUCUCAAUAGUGCCAAGUGGAAAGGUACUUAUCUGCCUCUACUCAAACACUUCCUACCAUCUUUAUCACCUGAUCCUAGCUUAGCCUCUUCUAGAGGUAUAAGCCUUGCCAGACCCUUCUCCUCGUCUAGUCCAUCUUCUUGGUCUUGAGAACAUUCUUGCCUUUUGCACGGAACCAAAGGAAAGUCACCAGUUGUAAACCUCUAUUUUUCCCUCUCCUCCCCAGUGUUGUUGUACAGACAGAGACCAGACCUGCACACAUUGCUCUAAAUAAUCAAACAAAGGAGUGUGGGAAUGUGGCUUCCUCAGCCUUAAAGGACAUAAGCGUGUAGAGGAAGUGGGUGCAAUUUCACCCAAAGUUUCAGGCUGGCCCUAUGACUAAGGUGCUAUCUCUCCUUCUCAAGGGAACCUCUCUGUGUAAGGUUGUGAUCCCUGUGAUUCAGUGUGAAGAGUAACCGUAUUCAGCUGUUGUCAACUAUUGAGUGGCUAUCUCUGCUGCUAACAGCUACUUGUACAUAACCAUAGGUAAUCCAUUUUGCCCAGGGACCAGCCAGUGCCAGUAUUACAACAUUCAGUUCAGCCGCUGUGACCUCGAGGGUUGACUGAUGCUGAAAGAAAGACGUGCAUUUCCGUAGCACCCUUCCUACCCUCUUGUCAAGCCAAAGGGCUUUACAGCCGUUUUCCAUUGGCCAUGCUGUUGAAUGGCAGAUGAGUAGGGGCCUGUGAUGGGUGCCCUUUCUCCAGCCUUGUGCCAAGUAUCAUUCCAGCUUCAAACUGGGCGAUAAUCACACUGGCUUAGAAGAAAAGCCAUUGGUCUGGGGUGUCACACUCAACCGAUUAGCAUGCAGUGAUCUGUUUGGGAUGGUUGGGUUUGAUGAUAUCCAUGACAGAUGAAUUUACUAAUUAUCUCAUGACACAGAGACCAUUCGGCCCAUCAGGUCCAUUCCCAUUUCAAGGGAUAUUCCCGUUUGUCUUAUUUCCUCAUGCCCUCCAACUUAUUCUCUCCCACACACACACAAACACACACACACAUGUCCAUCAACUUUCUUUUCAGUCUUCUUGCCUUUAACCUACACUGGUGUCUAAUGUAUAGGAGAUAAAUAAGCUAACAGCACAUUUUUGGGAUGCAGGAGGAACCCGGAGCAACCGGGGUUAACCCAAUGCGGAGACGGGAAAGUUCAUACUGGGCACAGACAGUAUCAGAGGUCAGGAUCCAACAGGGACACCAAUGGUGAGGGAAUGGCUCUAACUGGGCGAAGGGGAGGGGAGGAGGGAAGCGUGGGGAAGAGAAAGGAGGAAAAGAGAGGCAGAAGAGGAGAGGAAGGGGACAAGGGGAGGGAAGAGAAUGAUGCGGAGAAGAUGGGAAGGGACAGGGGACACGGAAGGCAGCUGAGAUACCAACGGUCUUAUGCAAAGUAAAACUGAUAUUUGGGGCAGCUGUUUCCCAAUUUCCCUCGGGAUCAAUAAAGUAUGUCUGUCUGUCUGUUAGAGUGGAGGACGUGCUGCCUUGCAGGAGAGCAGAAACUCAUUCGGAAAUAACUUGCAAAGAGAAACAAAUAAGAAUGCUUAAAAUCUUCAGGGCGAAAGGGAAGGAGUAGAUGGAAUUGGUUAGUUUCUUCGAAUGGCCCGUAUUGGAGGACGAAUGGUCCUUUGGUGUGCCAGUGAGCAGGAAGAACACUCACAAGUGAUUGGCUCUCUCCCUGCUCAUAGCUUUGACUGUCAUCAGUGGAAGGUGCAAGGAGUUGGGGAGCACAGCUUACGACCUGUAAGUCAGCAAGAGGGUGGACAGGCAGAAUGGAAUUAAAUGUGAAUCCAUUUACUCCAGACAGAAUUUUGGGUGCCGGAAACGGACUCACGCACAGCACCCUUCCAACGGCAGCAGAGGCAAUUACAGACCUGCAGGCUGCAGUAUCUCUUAAGGAAGACAAGAGCUCAGUUUUUGAGCCAACACUGUGCUGUCUGUGGAGGUGGUAAAUCAGUUGUUCUUGAACAGUAGGGAGGUCUAGACCGCUCUGCAGUGCAUCUGUCUUCCUCUCGAUGGGAUUGUACAACUCCGAUUACUGGAAGGCCCCCACCCAUUCUGCACUUUCCUUGUGUAUUUCCUUCCUUCACCACACCUUUCAGGUGGAGAAUUCAAGUUCCCCAUUUCUCUCUCACUGUCCACUUACUCCAGCCUGCCGGUGUCUGUCCAGCAUGGGCUCCAACUGCCUUCUAAUUUGUGCUGCAUUGCUUAUUUUCCCCAUUGAGUAAUGGUUCUCGCUUCUGGUUUCCUUCCAUACUCUGUACCAAGUGCUGAUCCGCUGUGAAUGUAUCUGUACUGUAUGUAUAGAGUUUUAAAUUAUUUAACCAAAUUCCACAAGGAAUGUUUUCCUGUGUUGCCUGUGACCAGUUUUGUUAAUUUAAUGCCAGAUUUGGGAGAAGGAAGUCUGUAAAGGGAAGAGGGAAAAGAUGUGAAUUUGGACCAUUGUAUCUUGUAAAUGAAUAUUUCGUUGAGACCUUGGCUUACGUCUGACCGAUUUCUGUGUGUUUUAACUUCCAGGGCAAAAAAAAAACUCUGAAAGAAAUAAAAGCUGAUAUUCAAAAAACAACACUGUUUCUCUAUUAUACUUACAUUCAGAGGCCACUUUACUAUGUACACCUAGGUAAUGCAAAUAUCUAAUCAGCCAAUCAUGUGGCAGCAACUCAAUGCACAAAAGCAUGCAGACAUGGUCACGAGGUUCAGUUCUUGUUCAAACCAAAUUCAGAAUGGGGAUGAAAUGUGAUCUGAGUUUCCCGCUAGCGACUCAUUUGUGACUUUCAUUUACUUCUGUGCCCCCACCCUCCAAUCUUUGUUCAUUGCUGAAGUUUUUAUUUGGUCAACUGUACUAACUAUUCUAAUGUACAGUCAAUAUUUAUGUUUUAACAGGUUAUAGGUAUUAUAUGUUAAAUACAAUGUUACAAGUGUAUGUGAAAAAUAAAACUAUUUCAAAGCUCUGAA